UGCAGAGAAAGUGCACAUCAAUGGCUCGUGGAAGAAUUCAGUUGAAGAGAAUAGAGAACCCGGUUCACAGGCAAGUUACCUUCUGCAAGCGCCGAGCUGGGCUUCUCAAGAAGGCUAAGGAGCUCUCUGUCCUUUGCGACGCUGAAAUUGGCCUUGUCAUUUUCUCCGCUCAUGGCAAGCUCUAUGAACUCGCCACUAAAGGAACCAUGCAAGGAGUGAUAGAGAGGUACAUGAAGUUUACUGGGGCGGCUCAGCCUGAAGAACCACCAACUGAACCGCAUCAUCAUCCUCUUGUAUGUCUCAUCUCUCUCUCUUUCUCUUUUAUGUUAAUUAAGUAGCUACUAAG